ACGACGUCAUCCCUGCCUUCGGGCGGAAAAGUUUGUGUGCGCCUACUACAGCCCCACAGCUGCGGAGGCGUUCCAGUCCACUGCCGCGGCAGAAGCGAAUCGGUGAACUUCCGCUGCAGCUAAGACUGUCGAAAAAAUGGCAGAGGAAGUGAACGUAGCCUUGCAAAACAUAUCGCAGGCAAAUAAUGUCUUUACUUUCGACAUGUAUAAGGUUUUGGCAGCAGAGCCAGGAAACCUGUUCUUCUCUCCUAUCAGUAUACAGGUAAUUCUCGCGCUGACAUUUCUUGGAGCCAAAGGCAAUACUGCCAAAGAGAUUGCCAGAGGACUGCGCCUACCAGAGGAUAGAGCUGUCGUUAAGGAUGGUGUUGGGGCUGUAAUGAACAGAUUACAGGACAGUAACGACGUGCUGCUUGACAUAGCCAACAGGAUAUUUCUGAAAGAGGGUUAUGGCAUCAAAGAAGGGUUUAAUCAGUCAGCAAUUAGGUUCAAGGCUGGAGUAGAAGAAGUUGAUUUCCUACAAGAACCACAAGCAAGAAAAAUAAUAAAUGACUGGGUCGAGUCGAAGACGAAUAGUAAGAUAAAAGACAUAAUUCCACCAGAUGUCUUGAACAACGAUACUCGGAUGGUACUGGUCAACGCUAUCUACUUCAAAGGCGAGUGGUUGAAAAAGUUUGAGAAGCGUGACACGUAUCCUUUACCCUUCCGCUCAGCUGUAGGAUCAGCGAAGAACGUAGAUAUGAUGUUCCAAGUGGAAGAAUUCAAGUACACGGAGAUAAAUGAUUUAAACAGUCAAGUCCUUCUCCUUCCUUAUAAGGGAGAGAGACUCAGCAUGAUGAUUUUUCUACCCAGAGAAGUAGAUGGCUUGGCAAGCCUUGAAGAGAAACUUGCCAGCUUCAGUCUCCAAGACACUGUCAACAACUUGCAUGAGAGUAAUGUGCACGUGUAUUUACCUAAAUUCAAAAUGGAAUACUCAAAACAACUUAACGACGCACUAACGAGACUUGGAAUGAUUGAUAUGUUUGAUGACUACGCCGCAAAUUUCACUGGAAUUACUGACGAAGAGCGACUUAAGGUGGACAAGGUCCUGCACAAAGCUUUCGUUGAAGUCAACGAGAAGGGAACGGAAGCUGCUGCUUCUACUGCAGUGUUGGUAGCCGUUCCAGCCUCCCUUCAAAUUGGGGGGCCACAACCCAUCAUCUUUAAAGCGGAUCACCCCUUCGUGUUCCUUAUACUAGACCAGCAGACGAAAACUGUGCUGUUCGCCGGCCGUUACGUGGACCCUCCGUCCACAUCCUGAUGUGAACAUGUUGCCUACCCUAAGGUCUGCAGCACUUCGGACAUGCAUACCGCACAGUGCCCAAAUAACUUAAAAUUCCGCAUAGUACUGUAAAAAUUUAUUUUCUGUAUUUGGAAUAAAUACUGAGACAGACCAUGUUUCUAAGUUUUCA